GAAGAAACGGAGGCGAGAUUUGCAGCGUGUGUGGAGUUCGUAGGUCAGAGAGUCAGGGCCGCUUUUAGCAGUAAUAAAAAAGAAAGUAAAGAAAAACGUCAAAGAUGCUGUCUGUGCGUUUCCUGCGGUUACGGUCUCGCGCUCUUCCCCGGAUUUUCAGUAACAGUCAGUUAAAUUUCGCGCAGCAUCGCGCGCCAUUCUCCGUGUGCUGUGUGAGCGCAGCGAGGAGGAAGCAGCGAACUCUCAGGCACUCGUUCCUGGCUCUCAACGAGGUAUUUCACCGUCAGAUGCAGUCCCACGGUCCGUCCACCCGUGUCAUCUCCACGGCGCCACCCUCCGAGCACGGAAACCUCAUUUAUACUGGCAGCCUGGGUUUAGCUGUUCGGGGGGUGAAGAUGUUCUCGUACAGCACUAGUGCAGCCAGCCUCUUCCUCAUGCCACAAAUACUCCUGAAAACUGGACUCGGAGUCCAGAGUUUUGCCUUGCAGGCAGCUUUCUGUGGAGUCAUUGGCUUUUUUACCUUCCUUACCCCCAUCCUUCUUCACAUCAUCACCAAGGGUUACAUAAUCCGCCUGUACCACAACCCAGACAAAGAUGUCUACACAGCAGUCACCUACAGCGUGUUCCUCACCGAGAAAAAGAGCGUGUUCCACCAGAGCCAGGUGAGGAUCCCGGCUGUCAGUAAGAUGUUCACGACUUUCUACGCCGGGCAGGUGGGGUUCCUGGUAAACCCGGACAUUUUCCCCGUCCCGCACGACUACAAUCAUCUGAUGGGCUACGACAAACCGUUCAGUUUCAGAGCCGAUGACAUGGACCAACCUGACAAGAGCUGAGACUUAAGGAGGCAGAAUGUUGUUGACCAAGUAAACCUGAGUGCACAGCUCAGACUCUGUGUCUACCAGAGACAAACAUCCACGGACAAAAUGCUCCCACGUUUGUCUUCACUAUAAUAAUGGUAAUUAAGUGUUAAUAAAA